ACACUACAAAUGUGCUCCCGUCGCGUAAAUUUGCGUCAUCAGUCGGGGACGAAACCUGCCAGAUUAGAAGGAAGCUAAAGUCGCCCAAAUGGCUUCAAGCGACGCGUUUAAAGUGUCUUCCCUGCGGGGGAAGGUGGCGCUGAUAACGGGAGCCAGCUCGGGCAUCGGAGCUGGAACGAGCGUCCUGUUCGCUAAACUCGGAGCUCUGCUGGCUCUGAACGGCCGCGACGUGUCAAACCUCCAAAAAGUGGCCAAACAGUGCACUGACAGUGGGGCUACCGAGCCUUUGCUUGUUCCUGGAGAUCUGACUGAUGAGGAGACCGUGAGGAAAACGGUGGAACAAACCAUCUCCCACUUCGGCCGACUGGAUGUUCUGGUGAACAGUGCUGGCAUCCUGGCAAUGGGCAGCAUCGAGAACACAGACCUGGCUCAGUAUGACAAGGUCAUGAACAUCAAUGUCAGAUCGGUUUACUUCCUGACUCAGCUGUGUGUGCCCCAUCUGAUCAAAACCAAAGGCUCAAUAGUGAAUGUGUCCAGUGUGAAUGGACAGAGAUCUUUUCCUGGUGUGUUGGCUUACUGCAUGUCCAAAUCUGCCAUUGAUCAGUUUACAAGCUGUAUAGCACUUGAGCUGGCAUCCAAGCAGGUCAGAGUGAACUCUGUCUGUCCUGGUGUGAUCAUAACAGAUGUCCACAGGAGGGCGGGGCUGGAUGAUGGACAGUAUGCUCAGUUCCUUGAUAGAUGCAAGCAGACCCACGCGCUCGGUCGGCCCGGUGAGGUGGAGGAGGUGGCGCACAGCAUCGCCUUCCUGGCAUCUGAUGCUGCUAGCUUCAUCACCGGUGUGAACCUGCCUAUCGACGGCGGUCGCCAUGCCAUGUGCCCACGAUGAGACCUCGUGAUGCAACACGCCAAAGUCUCAUUAUCACAGAUCUUGAAAUCCAUGAAAAGCGUUGAGUUUUCAAUAAAAACCUUGAAGUUGUAA